AUAAGAUGCGGUACUCAACCGGACGUUCCCCUAAUAAACAAAUGAUUAUGCAGUGAUAAUUGCUCCACCAAUAAGUCUCCACAAAGCUCCUAGUUUUUUAGGGCAUUCUCUCUCUAAUCUUUAUAAUCUUCUUCAAUUCACUUUGUUAUUUAUUUUGAGCAUACCUCUUUCUAUGCUUAAUUAGGUAGCCACUUUAUAAAUAUCAUAUCACCGACACCUUUUAAGAGUGAUUAAGGGUCAAGAUUAACUAUAGCUAGAAAUUGACAGUGGAUUUACAAGCUUAUGUGACUGUGAGAGUGAAUAAAACAUUGUUGAUUCAAUUCCCUCUAACAUGGAAAGAUCAUCACUCUCUUCUUCUGCUAAAAGGCGAGGUAUAAAGAAAAGAGUAGUAGAGAUUCCAAUGAAGAAUGUUGAAGGGACUAAUACUCCACCGUCUGAUUCAUGGGCUUGGAGAAAGUAUGGUCAGAAACCCAUCAAAGGUUCCCCUUAUCCAAGAGGAUACUAUAGAUGUAGCAGUUCAAAGAAUUGUCCAGCAAGAAAACAAGUUGAAAGAAACCACAUGGACCCCACCGUACUCCUUGUAACAUACACCUCCGAUCACAACCACGCCGUGCCACCACCGAGAAACUACCGCAACACAAGCAACAACACCGCAUCAAACAAAGACUCCGAAUCAGAACAAGAACCAGAUGAAACGUUCACGAAUAUUGAAGAAAAUUCAAUGAUUGCCACCGGUGAUGAGUUAGGAGGAUGGUUUGGAGAUGUGGAGGCGAUCGGAUCACCGGCAGUGUUGGAGUGUCCGAUAUUCUCGGAGAAGGAAGUGUCGAUGUUGGGAGAAGAAGAGAUGUCGUUGUUUGCAGAUCUUGGUGAGUUGCCGGAGUGUUCGGCGGUGUUUUGGAGAGGUAGGAGGAGUGGUGCCGGCGCCGGCGCCAGUGGUGAUGUUAGUGUGGGACCACUAGUUGAAGCUAAUUGCUCGUUGUGACACGUGUCUUUGUAUUUUUUAUUUAUUUUUUAAUUUUCCGGGUUUGUUGGGUUUAGUUUGGAAGAAAACAAAAAUGAAAUACAACAAGUGGAUAUAUGCAGUUGGGAGAUUCUGUCCCCACGUGCUUGUAAUUAUUAUCAACUACAUGAUUAUGAAAUCAUUAUCAUAUUAAGUUCUUAAUUUGAUGCUUUA